GUGUGUGCAAUUUAAACGCUACUGUCCGGUGAACGAUGCGUUUGUCCGAUGAACGGGGUAUGCAAGGCUCCGCACAGUUUUCAAUGUCACUCUAAGCAGAGAAGAGGAACUGCGUUCAAAAACCGAUAACUGAGAAUUCGCGUCCGGAAUAUGAUGGUGUCCGAGGAACGGGGCCGCUCUAGCUAGCUAACCUAGCUAGAAGUAGGUACGAAAAUUACGUUAGCCCUGUAUCAUGCAACGUCAGUUUGCUGGAAUAACCAGCUGUCCUCGCAAGUGUCUCUCAGGAAUCCCUGGUCUCGAACAACAAGCUGUUUUGUCUUCUAAUCCGGGAUAUCAUAUACUUACGGGGUUUCUAAAAUCAUGUCGCACUCAUGCAGCUUUUACAUAAAGCGAAAGCAGCGUUACUGUAGACUGGAGACGGCUAGAGGCAACUCGUUUUGUGGUGAGCACUUGAACUUGUCCGAAGACGCCUCGCUACCGAGGAAAAGGAUUCCCUGUCCGUAUGAUUCUCAUCAUACGGUGUACGAAGAUCAACUUGAGAAGCACAAGAAGAGGUGUAAUGCCAGACCUAGUACUAGCAAACCGGCUUACUACAAGGAAGGUGUCAAUGCUGGUUUUAGUGAUUACACUGAGGCUGAUGACAACAAGAUGCCUCUUAGUUGCGUGUCAAAAUCUCGUUUGGUUGAGUUAAUUCAAAGAAUACGAGAAGUGGCAAAGUCUAGACUACCAGAAAUUGAGACAUCCGUGCUUUCUCAUCCUGUUAUGCAAGAUGAGGUGGACAAAGCUGUAGACUGCCCUAAUGCUAGAAAGCACUUGGAACAACAGUCUUCUCUUCUUGGUCAUAUGGACGAGUUAAAGUUGUUAAGUGGACAAACCACAUUUGUGGAGUUUGGAGCUGGACGAGGUCAGCUAUCUCAUUGGGUGGAGAAGGCAAUGGGAGAUGAGGUAUCUGUCAAGUAUGUGUUGGUUGACCGAAAAAAUUGUCGGAGAAAGUUUGACUUGUAUCACAAACAUCAUGGACCUAAGUUCCACAGACUGCUAAUAGACAUCGAACACUUACUGCUAACCGAGGUUGACUGUAUUUGUCAGCAAAAUUUUUCUGCAAUUGUUGGCACGACAAAACACUUGUGUGGAUCAGCGACAGACUUGGCUCUUCGAUGUUUGAUAUCUACCCUUUCUGAGUUAUCACUCACUACUACAUCAGACAGUCCGUUAGCCAAACGAAUGAAACCAUCAGGACCAACUGAAACCAUCAACUCGUCGCUUCGCGGUCUGGUGUUUGCUCUUUGUUGCCAUCACAAGUGCACUUGGAAGGACUACGUAGGACACGACGUCUGGAACGAGCUCGGAUUUAAUAAUGACGAUUUCCAUCUUAUGACAUUGAUGUCAAGCUGGGCAACAUGUAGAAUACGUUCUGCUACUGAAUCAGACUGUAGAGCAGAUGGUGAAGCAGACCAGAGUGUUAAACAUCCAAUGUCUGUUGCGGAACGAGAAGAAAUUGGAUACAUGUGCAAGAGACUAAUUGACUAUGGUCGAGUUGUUUAUCUUAGUAAGUUUGGUUUGACAUCGAAACUUGUUCAUUAUGUACCGAAGGCUACAACUUUGGAGAAUACGGCACUGCUGGCCAGUUUUACCUAAACCUUGCAGUUUGCAGCAAUUGUGUAUGUAUAUAUAUAUUAAAUAUUUACUUUUAUGAUGUUUGA